UUUUGCUCCACUGGUGGAGUUUGUUUUGCUGAACAGAAAGCGUCUCUAAACUCCGCCUCCUUUAAAGGGACGAGGCGUGUGGGAGGCGGGCCGGGCCCGCAGGACGCAGAUCGCCGCUCUUUAACUGCAGCACAGCGGCGAGGCGGAGGCGGAGGAGGAGGAGGCGCCGUGGGAGUGGAAGGGCCGGGCCUCCGUCAAAGCGAGGUUGUUUACCACGAGCUAGAAGGGGAGAGGGGCAGGUCGGCAGAGACGAGAGAGAAAGAAAGCAGCAGUGUGCCCGAGGUUUCUAGCUGGCACAGGCUCUUAACGCACCAGAAAACCAUGAUCUCCACGGCGGCCAUUGUCCUCCUGAACGUCGCAUGCCUACGCGCACUCUCCUUUGGCCAAGAAUGCAUUAAUUCCAAUGGGGCCGAAUAUAGAGGCGAACAACAGAUUACGUCCACGGGAGAGAAGUGCCUGAACUGGCGAAAAGUGUCGAGGGAUUCCAACAUCACUGAAAACCCAGACCAUGAAACUGGAAUCAGUGAUCACAGCUACUGUCGCAAUCCGGACAGGAGCAGCAGACCCUGGUGUUACGUUGCUGGUCGCAACAACUCUAUUCAGAGACAGGACUGUGCAAUAGACAUCUGCCAAGAUAAGAAUCCUACUCAAGAGGUGACCACCCAUUUUGAAGAGACAACACUGAGUGACACUCAGGUUUUUGAACCAGCCCAAUCCGGCUCCUCUCAGAGUGAGAGUGCAGCAGUGCAGCCAGUCAUUGGCAUCAGUCAGCGUGUGAGGACUGGACCUAAACAAAAGAAGGACUUGGGAACACUGGGUUUUGUGUUGGGAAUCAUUAUGAUGGUUCUAAUCAUCAUGCUGGGAGUGGGAAUCACUCUAGGAUAUAUCUACAAAAGGGGCCGAGACUUGAAAAAGCAGCAUGACCAGAGAGUAUACGAGCGGGAGAUGCAGAGAAUCACUUUACCCCUUUCUGCUUUUACCAACCCUACCUGUGAAAUCCUAGAUGAAAAUGCAGUUGUCAUUGGAAGUGCUCACCAGACACCAGUGGAGGAAGCCAUCGAAGGAAAAGAUCCACUGAUGGGGCAGGCUGUAACUCCGGGGGCCUGAAAAGGAAAUGAGCAAUGAUGAGUGGUUAAGAAACAGCCAAAACAAAAAAACAAAACAAAAAAUAAGGGACGUUAAGCCAUAUUAAAAAAGAGACCUAUCGACUGUUACUCAAACUGUUCCAUAUGGAAUACUGUAUGCAUGCUGAGUGUGGGGCAUGCUGUGCUAUCCUGAAAAUACCUGCAAUGUUGCUUAUCUGAUCAAUAUGGAGGAGAUGGCUUUAGUGUUACCUGACUUACCAACAGAAUUCUGAGUGCCCAUCGCACCCUUUGUGUUGACUGCAGAGGGUGAGGUAAGGAUGUAUUGACGCCUUUUAAAUAUGCAUCUCUGUGAAGGAUAAGGAAGCUGGAUGGAUACUCGAUGCCCAACACCUACAAAAGCUACAGAAUGAUUUGAGCUUUGCAAACCUGUCCUGUUGCUGUGAACCUGUGGUUUGAGGAGCUUCAAUGACUGAACCAUUGAUCUAUACAGGAUAACAAAAGCGGGCAUUUGUUAAAUACGCUGAGAAGGCUCAUUAGGUAUUCCAAAUGUAUUUUGUGUUUUGUAAAACAAAGCUAUUUGAAUGUGAUUGGGGGGAGGGGGGGGAAGAGAGGAGAGAGAUAUUAAGUCAGCUGUGCAUUGAUAUGUUAUUAUUUAAUUGUUCUAAUCAGGCUUUCUGACAACACACUCUGCCUCCUGGCUUGCAUUGAAUUUUUUUGGCUGUAGUGUGGAUUCAGAUUUUAAAUUUUUGAAUGUCUAAGCAUUUUCAAACAGUUAAUGGAACCAGUUGGCCUGAGAGUGCCUUUGUUUGAAAUAAUCAAAGAGGAAAAAAAAAAAAAGAUUAGAGUAACACUGAAGUGACAAAUACACUCCAGAGGGGACUGCAGGCACUUAACAGCAGGACAGGGUCUUCAGUAUGUGUCAAUGUCAGUUUAUUUAUAUAGCACAUUUAAAACAACAUAGUAAUGCUGUGUCCAAAGUGCUUUACAAUAAUAGAAUAAAAGAAAAACAACAAGAUAAAAACAAAUAGAAAUAAAAUAUAUGAACAUAAAAUAAGAAACAUAAUAAAUAGAAGUAAUGGUAUAUAAUCACCAAGAGAAAACCAUCAGUAUUACUGAAGGUCAUGGAAUGCAAGUGAAUAGAAAUGAGUCUUUAAUCUUGUUUUGAACAGUUCAAUUGUAGACGACUCAUUUAUAUGACGAGGUAAAGAGUUCCACAGCUGAGGCGCAGAAGCUGCAAAGGCCCUGUCCCCCUUAGUUUUACACUUGGUAAGAGGAACAACAAGAGACAACUGAUCAGAGGAUCUAAGCACUCUGGAUGGCUGGUGUAAAACACACAGUUCAGAUAAACAGACAGGAGCAAGCCCACGUAAAGAUUUAAAAACUAGCAGCGUCAUUCUCAAUUGUUAAACAAAAUGCCUUGACGAGUGAGGUGCCUUGAGCCAAAUGUUAUUUUGAAAUCUUCUGCACUUGAAUGAGUUUAUACUGUUUACACACCUGUAACACACUCAUGCUUUAUACGUAUCUUUUCGGAAGCCAAGCAGGAAUUAAGUCACUGCACAGAGUUUCCAACAGUAAUGAAAACAUUAGGACCUCCUGUGCAGACAAUUGAGCAGACAGAAAAGAACUGAACGGCUUGGGAUCUGAUCUGGUCAGAUGUGAUUUUUUUUUUUUUUUUGGUUCAGUAGUUAAAAACCCAGUUGUGAACCUAUUUAAAUUAAGCUCUCAGUUCUUAAGGGUGGACCGGCUUAGCUUUUAAACACUCCACUGUGUUUCAAAUGGGAGCACAAACUCAGGACUGUUUCAGGCAGCAGCUACGGGUUGGCACACUGGUGCUUUAACGCUGAAUUCACAUGCUGUCGGACAGACAGUAAAUAGAGUUUCAGACUAGGAAAGGCCAAGUGCACGCACUCUGACCUCCAACUCGGACAAUAAAAGAAAUGUUUUGUCAAUUGUAUAAACUUUUUGUCAAGUGCCAUUUUUUGGUUCAAGAGGCGUGAUGUGAUCCACAUUUAAUGCAUACUGUUUAAUUGCUUUUUUUUGGUUGCAGACCAAGUAACACAUCAAAAGUGACUUUGCAUUUCUCCAAAUUCUUUGGCAGAACCCCACACGAAUGUACUUUGGUGGGAAGGUAAAAUGUCACAAAUUGAUGCUAUGAAUAGUCCCAAGAGCUUGUGAACACCGCAUAGUUUUCGUGGAAGCGGGGACUCGCAUUUUCUGAAGAGUAGGGCUCAAGUGCUGAAAGCAGUAAACCCUCAUAAUCCACAGCUGGCCAUUGCUGUUGUGACUCGAGCUGGAAGGGCAGUGUCACAAUCAAAUGAUGGGAUCUAAAGCAAUUUAAGAGAGCCUGAUUUGAAAAAAGGAUUUUUUUUUUUUUUUUUUGCUUUGUUGUUGUACAGGUUUUUAUAAUUUUUUUGUUACUAAACAAGUAUGGGUGCUUUUUUAAUGUUUAAAAUUCACAUCUGUACUUGAUUUGUAUUUAUGGCAGUUUACACUGCUGGGAAAAUAAAAUAUUUAAAGAUA